AUGGAUUCACGAAUUCGGCAAAAUAUACGGUUUCUGAACCAAACCACUGAUCUGGAGGUCCAAUGGAUUCACGAAUUCGGCAAAAUAUACGGCAUUUUUGAAGGCAAUCGACCCAUACUAACGGUGGCGGACCCGGAGCUUAUCAAAAGCAUUUUGGUCACAGAUUUUCAUCUGUUUAACGAUAAAGAGGCGAACCCUCUGUUCCACUCGAAAGCCCACCCAAUACUGGCCACGAAUAUCGAGGUAAAGGUGGGCGACGAGUGGCGCCGACAACGGGCG